AUGAUUCCUCGGCCUCGCACCCAUACCGAAGUACGCAUGGCCCACGCAGGGUCAUCUGCCGGCCAGCCGCUCCCUCUCCGCGAUCAUCGGCCACCGCCUCUCCGCCGCCUGCCAAAGCAUCUGGUCCCGUUCUUGCCGUACCUCAAUCGCCCCGAUACCUCCCACACCAUCGAAUACCGCAUUCACGCCGGAAAGCAUGCUCUGCGCCUAUCCACCAUGGCCUUUUGGCUGCGCACCUGCGCCAGCUCCCACGGAGCGCACUGCGCCACUCCGCCGCGGCCUAGUGCUGCGCGCCCGCUGUGGUUGAUUGACGUGCGAGACUACCGCCUAGUCGCCGUCAACGACGGCGAAAACGAGGAGGCUACCUUUUCGGGCUCGCAAUUUUUCUAUGUAGGGCUGAGUUACGUCUGGGGCCAAAGGUCAAGCGCCGCGGCGGCAACGCUCGCAAACAUCGCCGCUCUGCAAGUCCCCGGAGCCCUUGACAGCCCGACCAUGAUCCGGGAUGCCAUUGAACUGACCAGGCUCCUUGGCGAGCAGUACCUCUGGGUCGACAGGCUCUGCAUCGUGCAGGACGACGACCGUGCGAAGGAGGCCCAGCUGCGCGGGAUGGCGGACAUUUACGCGGGUGCCAUAUUGACUAUCGUGGCUGCGCAGGGGCGCGGGGCGGACGACCCUUUGCACUAUGGUUUGGCGGAUGAGACUGGAGGGAGAGAAGGAGAUGACGACUAG